UCAGAUCAUCAUCAACAACUCUGCCAUGGCUGAUUUCAAUGCAGAUAUGCAGAGCUUCAAGCCCUCUUUUCCUUUCUUACAUCAAAUUGAUCCAAACAUUGAACCAAUGAACCAAUUUCAGAGUUUCAUUGACAAUUCCCACUUGGGGUAUAUCCCUAAUUGCACAAAUGACAACUUCUUGGGCCACCAACAACCACCUGAUUUUACAGGGAACUUGGAGGAAAAUUUCCCCUGUAUUUUCCCUCAAACCAAUCAGAAUUCCAUCCCCACGUUGUCGCAGACUCGUCCGAACGAUCAGUAUUGCUUACUAUUACAUGAAAGCAAGAAGAGAAAAGCAAUAUUUGAUCAUGUGUCACAAGGCAGCACUUGCAACUCUUCUCCCCCAGUUUCUGAUAGUGGGAUUACCAGGAAAAAUAGUUCAAGAAGAGGAAAGAGAGUGAAAAUCAAUGAUGAAGAAGAAGAAGAAGAAGAGAAACCAAAGGAAGUGGUUCAUGUUAGAGCCAGAAGAGGCCAAGCCACUGAUAGUCACAGCUUAGCAGAAAGGGUGAGAAGAGGAAAAAUCAAUGAGAGAUUAGGAUACUUGCAGAACAUAGUCCCUGGAUGCUAUAAGACCAUGGGAAUGGCAGUAAUGUUGGAUGAGAUUAUCAAUUAUGUUCAGUCCUUGCAAAAUCAAGUUGAGUUUCUUUCCAUGAAGCUUACUGCAGCAAGCACAUUCUAUGACUUCAAUUCAGAAACAGAUGAAAUUGAGAUAAUGCAGAGAGCAAAAGCAUGUGAAGCAAAAGAAAUCCAGAGAUUGAUGAGAGAAGGAGAUUCAGGAAUUGGGAGCUUCCACACAACAACAUGGCCCCUUUGACUUCAAUUUUGGAUUUUACUCCACACAACACAUCAAUAUGUUUUGUUUUCAUUUCUUCUUCUUCUUUUUUGUAAUUUUAAAAUAUCAAAAAUGUUAUAUCUAGCACAAGUAGUGAUUGAAAUAUGGACAAAAAUGAUAUGAAAUUAGAGAAAUUGAAGAUGUUUAUUUGUGAUGGUCAA